AUGAUGGAUAGAUUUCAGAAUGUUGAAUUUGUGAAUUGCUUUUAUUAAGGGUUAUUAGAAAUAGCAUUACUUUAAGAAUAAAAGGCAAUGUUAGGGAGUAGAUCACCUGGAAGAGGUAGAAAAAGUCUAUCAAAGUACUUGAACUAUUAUAUUAGGGUUAUAAAUUGGAUAAUCAGGAUUAGCAAAAAAUGUUAUAGAAAAUCUAGUUAUCUCAAAACAAUUUGCAGUCUCAUUUUUAAAGCCAUUAUUUAUGAUGGUGCAAUAAUUAAGAUAAUCUCUAGAAAGUAGAAGCGGAAUCUUUAUGACUUUUAUUUUUCACACAAGAACUGAAUAAGUUAUUAAAUUAGUAGUAGACAGUUUUGAAGAAUGCAAAAAUGAUGUUUUUGGUGCAUGCACUUGGGUAAAUAGAAUUGAUGAAUAAAUUGUUUAAUGUAAAUUUAAUUAUUACUAAUAGUCUUUUAUUCUAAUGAAAUAAUAAGGUCUUAAAGUAAUAUAUUAGCAGAUUAAGAUAUUAUUCAUGAACCUUAUGAAUCUUCUGUAUCAUCUAUUGAAAUAGAUCCUAAUGAAGAAAUUUAAAAAUGGAUAUGCUAGGAUGAUACUCCUAUGGUUAAUGAAUAAUUAGAUUAUUUUAGAAGUUUUGAGUAUUUGGAGUUAAUUUUUAAAUAUAUUUUUGAUCCAACUUAUUUCGAUGUGAUACAUGAAUGGGUAGAAAUUAAAUUUUUUAUAUUUUAGGAACAUCAUUUUAGCAACAUUAAAAUUAAGCAUGACUAAAGUUCAAGAAAACUAAAUUAAACUAAAAGUAUAGAUAAAUUAUAAUUAUUACGUGCAUUAAAGACUUUAAAAAUAAUUAUAAAUGAAAAUAAUUACCCAAUUAUUACUAAACUUGUACCUUAAUUACUUUUUAAACUAUGUAUAAUCAUUAAAUAUAAAAAUUAGUUCAUUAUAUUUAUGAUACUUUGAAUGAUUAUGAUAAAAAUAUUGAUUUAAAUUAGAUAGCAUUAAUUUUAGACUUUAUAUUAUAGACGAAUCCUCGACAAUCUAUUUUAAUGUUAGUAGAAUUUAAUUUAUUGUUUCAAUUAGUUUCCUUAAUUUAUAAUGAAAACAUAGCUAAAAUUGUAUAAAGUAAUAAUUUCUAAAUAUUUUAAAGAAAUAAUAACCGAUGAGUAUGACAUGGGAAAUUAUGUAUUUGAUCAUUUGUGGUAGUAUUUAGACUGUACAGAUUGGAUCUAAUAUUUUUUAAGCAUUUCAUUAAUGCUAUAAGUUGAUGUGUUCAGAGCAAAUAAAAAUUGUCAAAGUGAUUAAACUGUUUAAAUAGUAUCCUUACUCAAAUAAUAAAUAAAUUAUGAUAGAUUGAUUCAUUAGGAAGAAAUUAAUCUAGAUGAAAAAAAAUUAUUAACAGAUUACUUAGGGUAAUUGUAAGCAGGAAAAAAUUAAAUUUAAUUUUAUGGAAUGAAUUAAUUGAAUUGGCAUAUGAACUAAAAUGUGAAAGAAAAUAUAACUGUAAGUGAAUUAUUAGGCAAAGAUAUUGAUAAUUUAAUGUAAUUUAGAGCAGAAAGGUAAAAAUAUCAGACAAAAGUUUAAAUUUCAAUUAAAGAAAAACUAUUUGCUCCUCAAGUUUCCUUUUAUGAUACAAAAUUUAUAAGGGGAAAUAGUAAAAGAUAAAUGAAAGAGACUUUAUUAUAGAGAGAUUUAACUAAUAGAUAAAUUGUUUAAACAGUAUAAUAGCUACCAAGAUUAACGAUAGAGGAUUAAGAAUUAUCAAAAUGGGUAGAUACAGGAAAAAAUCAAAUAAAUAUUAGUAUUGUAUAGUCUCCAAAGAAAACACCUAGAAGCUACAAAAGAAAAACUGAACAAAGCACUGAUUUUUCUUCAUUUUAUGAAGGUUUUUCAAGUGGAAGAUUGAAAGGAUUAUAUCCAAGUCCAAAAAUCUCAAUUUAAUCUAGUAGUUUUGAAAGAAAGGUAAAUAAAUAUGAAUCUGAUUUAAAACUGCUUCCUACUUGUAUUUCUAUAUUAAAGUAGCUUAUUUAGAAUAUUUUUUUUAAUAUGAUGAGUCUUACAUCAUAAGAUAAGAAAUAAGCUUAACGUUUAAAAGUGGAAUAAGAUAGCAUAUUGCCUUCAUUUUUAAAAAAGGAAAUAUUAACUUAAUUAUUUAGAGCUUAUUUGUAUGGGAUUAAUGAUUAGGAUAAAUUGAAAUCAGAAACAUCUUGUGAAUGUGGAAUAAUUAUUAAUGAAAUUUAUUUAAAUUGUAAAUAACAUUAAGAACUUCAUUAGUAUAAAUCUAUAUUAAAGUCUUGUUUUUAUGAAAUUGGAGAUUAUAUUUGUAAGAUAAUAGUUAAAUCACAUGAUUCAGAUUAGACAUCUAAAUUUAAAAGACAUUUGCUAGUAUCUACUUUAUAAGAAGGAUUGAUAUUAUUUAGUGAAUAAUAGGAUACUCCAAAAAACAUUUUUAGUAUUUUGAAUGAAACUGUUCUACAUUUAUUAAUAAUUUGGUUUUUUGAUAGUGAUUAAUCGAAUACUUAUUAAUAAAUAUUUGUGAAGUAAUAAAUUUGAUAAUAUUAAGGUUAUUUACCAUAAUAUUUUCAAGAGCUCCUUAGUAUUUAUUGGGGAUAGUUUUAUUUAAAUUAGGAUUAAUUAGUUCUUUAUAAAAUGCUUAUUUUAAUUUUUUUAUAAAUAGUGUAAAAUUUACAACAGGAGUUGAGAGUUUGUUUUAUUAUGUUAGUGUAAUGAUAUAUGCAAUAAAGCGUUCUUUGAUAACUAGAAAAAUGGAAUAAAUAUAAAGUAAUUUAGAACCUUUAAGUUCAUGGAAAUAGUUUAAAGAAGUAGAGAUAGAUGGUAACUCGAAAUUUGUAUAAGAGAUUGAUUGCAUAUUAUAAGAACAUGAAGGGAAAACUCCAAGAUAAAUAGUAAAAAAGAAGACAAUAACAAUACAUUCUAAGAAUGUUAUAAAAAGUCGAAGAUCUCAAGUAUAGAUGUAAUUCCAUAGCAAGUAUUGAAUAAAAAUAAAUAUUAGAUUUUCAAUGUAAUAAACUACAAGUGAUAUAUUAAAGUUGAUGAGAGUAAAG